AUGUCUCAGUCCGACGAUCUUGCCGACGACCUGCAAAGCAUGAGCUUCGGCUCGUCGGAUCGUUCCGGCUCCGUGUCUAGUGGCCUCUCCAGAUCGACAAGUGCAGCCACAGUCGCCGCCCUCGGGAAGCUAUCGGACGCCGCCGGCGUUGACGCCCCAACCUCGUGCCGGGAACAGAUCUGCCGGAGGAGGGCGGCGGAAUCUGGUCGCGAGCUCCUUUCCCCCUCGGAUCUCCGGUUCGUUCGCCGCCUCGGGAGCGGGGACAUUGGGACCGUUUACCUUGCCGAGGUCAAGUGUCGCGCCCCCGUCGCUCCCCCUCAGCGGGGAUGUGAGGAAUCGGCAGCAGCCCCGCGCGUCGUAGCUGUGAAGGUGAUGGACAAGAAGGAGCUGUCGGCGCGGAACAAGAAGGGGCGGGCGAGGACAGAACGCGAUAUCCUCGAGUCACUCGACCACCCGUUCUUACCUAGGCUGUACGGGUGCGCCGAGAGUGAGUUGUGGUCGUGCUUGCUGACGGAGUUCUGCCCGGGGGGAGACCUACAUGUUCUCCGGCAGCGACAGACCGGGAAGCGAUUCGACGAAGCCGCAGUCAGGUAGGCAGACAGCAGCACCACCCAAAGUUCGGCCGACGCUUUUCUGUUGUUUUCGCCCUCGCUGCUGUCGUCUUUAUUCUCUCGAUCCCCUAUUCCGGUGUUUCAUCCCUUCAGCUAGAUCAUUGUAUUUCUUAAUACAGAAUAAAAUAGCAAUAUUAGUGCGAUGUGAACCAGGUCGUCAUCAUCCCGUUUUCAGAGCCUCGUGAUGUUCCUGCCGAAAUUCCGAAGUGUGUAUGAUCCCACGUCCCUCCCCCUCAGAUCUGCUGCGUUGCUCUCAAUCUCGGCGAAGACUGCUGAAAUUUCUUGCCAUAUGCCACCGAAUUUUCUAGAGUAAUUUAGCCGCAUUUGGAGAGGCGCUCGAGUUUCGAGUACUUGCUCAAACUUCGGCGAGCGUUGAUAUCUCGAGCGUUUUUCGCUAAGCGAAUGGUCUGCUUUCCUCGGAGAUUCUAGGCCGGAACUGCUCGGAAAGUCUCUGAACAACGUUUGGAUAUCAUCAGCAUUCAUUAGAAGAACUGCCGGAAGAGCUGCCUCUCUUCUCCCUCCGAUAACUUCGAAUUCUGUCUGGAUUUUUCUCGUUCUGCGUGAUCCCCUUGCCACAGACGACGAUCUACUGCGAAAUGAUGUCGCCAUGGCGUGCGUGCCGGGUUUUAAGGCACCCGUUGAUGCUAGCCAACUGUUUGUCUUCUACAUUUCGUCCUUCUCCAUGAAUUCCGGAGAAGUUGAUCCUUUUAUCUUCUAAUAAUUGGGCCUCAUCCACGCCUUUCUUUUGGGCCCGCACGGUUCCGCGCGGUGGAGGUUUCGUCGUCGUCUUCCCCUUUUCCCAUGAUCCUGCCAGCUCCUCUCCGAUCCUGUCAUGGCGUUGUCCCCACUUCCCAGACUGGUGUCUUCAAUACUCAUCAAUUCUCCCUUCCAAUUUUUUAAAGUAUUCAAACCCUCGUCGGGCUUCGGUAUUUCUCGCUAUUUAUUUGUCGGGCAAACCGCACUUGGCAGGUUCUAUGCCGCGGAGGUUGUGGCGGCGCUGGAGUACCUCCACAUGAUGGGCAUCGUCUACCGCGACCUGAAGCCCGAGAACGUCCUAGUCCGCUCCGACGGUCACAUCAUGCUCACUGACUUCGAUCUCUCCCUCAAGGGCGACGACGCCUCCGCCACCCCCGCCCAGCUCGUCUCCCGGCGCGGCCGCCACCGCAGUUCGCCGCCGGCUGCCGCCCCUUUCGCCGCCGCCUGCAUUCUACCCAGCUGCAUCGCCCCCCCGAGUAGGAAAAAGAAGGAGGAAAAGAAGCAGCUGGGGCGGUGGGGCGAUCUGGAGUUGGUGGCGGAGCCGCUGAAGGUGCGGUCCACGUCGUUGGUGGGGACCCACGAGUAUCUGGCCCCGGAGAUAAUCUCCCGCGAAGGGCACGGCAGCGCGGUCGACUGGUGGACGCUGGGGAUCUUCGUGUUCGAGCUCCUCUACGGCGCGACGCCCUUCCGCGGCGCCGACCACGUCCACACGCUGGCCAACGUGGUGGCUCGGGCACUGGAGUUCCCCAAGGAGUCGUCCCUCUCGUCCUCCUCGGCGGCCAAGGACUUCAUCACCGCCCUGCUCGUCAAGGACCCCGCUCGCCGGCUCGGCGCCACCACCGGUGCCGCCGCCGUCAAGCGCCACCCUUUCUUCGCCGGCGUCAACUGGGCCCUUCUGCGCUGCGCCAAGCCGCCGUAUGUGCCCCCGCCCUCGCCGACGACGACCUCAAUCGCCGCCGCCGGCGACCGCUCGCUGGUGUCGAUGGAGUUCUACUGA